AUGGAUACAACUGCGAAAAACCUUCACCUUGGUGAUGAGUACAGCGACCUGACAAUCAUAUGUGGAGACACGGAGUUUAAAGCACAUAAACUGGUUGUCUGCUCUCAGUCAGCAUAUUUUCAAAGAGCCUUCUACGGCAGCUUCAAGGAAGCCUACGAGCCAAUCCGGUUUCCCGACAAAGAACCAGAGCUAAUGGAGAAAUUCCUGGAGUAUCUCUACACUGGUGAUUACACCCUCGAAAAAGAAGUCCCAGGCAACGACACUGAAGGUCGAUCCGCUGUGGGCGGCACGAACCCUGGUCAUCAUUUGGAACCAAGCAGUUCGAAUGACAUGGAAAGCAUCCAGCCAUCAUCCACUCCCUCUGAGCCGGUUGUUCAGGUGGAUAGAUCUUCGUUCAUAUCAUAUGGUACACUGAUUCAACAAGAUAUGUCUGCUUCAAGCAUCCCUAUGUCGCAGGAAGGCGAGAACAACCCAAGGACCAGCGAAAGUUCGGUGACUUCCGUCCUAAACAACCCACCCUACUUCCAUGCCCGAAUGUACGCAGAGGGCGAUUACUUCUUAGUCGAAAAGCUCAAAACCAGAGCUCAAGAGUACUUCGCCCCUGCUUUCCAACGCAGUCUUGAAAAGCAAAACCUGCGGAAGGAAGCACUCGAGCAAACGGUGGAAGAGGUUUAUUCGAACCGAACCCGCUAUGACGAACUGAGAAGUCUCACGGGGCCCCUCAUCGUGAAAAUGCUGCGAGUGUUUAGUGCCGAGCACAAGCCGUUUCUUCGCGAUGUGAUGAGGUCUACUCCGGAUUUCAAGUUCGACUUGGGUAUGGCUUUCCUCGACAACGAGCCGCUCUUGUCUUCCAGAUCGAUGACCAAAACACGCAAUCAAUCGGACAGGCCUUACCAAAUGGAAGGCCUGGUGUCAUUGUUGAUAGGCUGGUUCCAGUUAACCGGGACCCGACCCUCCGAGACUCGAGGGUCUGAAAGCACCCGGUGUCAUGCAGGAAGCUCUAGUGACGAGGAUAGUGUUUAG